AUGAUUUCGAAUAAAAAAUCCUAUGCCAUGAAAAUGCUACAAUUGGCCCUGGCCCUAAGCCUAUUGCAUGUCAAUCCCGAUGACUAUCUACAACAAAGACUGCGUAACUGGGAUUCCCAGCUGGAGCUAAGGGAUGGCGAUGGCUGGGAACUGGAAAUGUUACGGGCUGUGCCCAUGGUUGAAUAUCCCUAUGCCAAUCGUAAGUCAAUGAUGCCGCUCAUCGAAGAUCUCAUACUGUACGAUCAUCAGAGUGAGAGUUUGGCCAAUACGCAGUACAAUAUUACCGCCUAUUUGCUGAAUGUCUCCAAUGAAGGUGUCAAUCAAACGGCGGCCAUGCAAGAAAUGCAAGCCAUACCUCCACCGUCGGGCGCCACAACCCCAAGUAGUGGUUCGUCAGGCUCAGCAACAUCUGCCACGUCAUCAUCUUCGCCCUCAUCGGGUGGAUCGAUAACUUUGGAUAAUGUUCGCAACACUACGGCGGCUGCAGUUAGUUCCAUAGUCCAUGCGGCGGGUAAUUCAAACAACACCAACAUCCACAACCUCCCCACCCCAGAAAUUGAACUAUUCCUCAACUCGGAAUCCAUGCAAGAUCAACGUUCGGUAUGGGAACAAAAUCUCGCAGAUCUCAGUGAUUUCAAUGAUCUACCCAUUAUGAAUAGCCACUAUGGCAAUUUACCCCUAAAAGAUGGGCAACAGGCGCAAGAUUCAGCAUCACUUUUUGAUUUACCCCAUUUAGAUGUGUUCCUACCCACCUUUGGUAGUUCGGCAAAUGCUUUAAAUACCGAGUCGGAAGGAGCUGUUGCCUUAAAUGGCAGCUUUCCAAAUCCAGAUGAUGAAGUUGGCAUUAAAUUGGAACAAUUGGAUGAUGAAGAUGAUAAGACCUUAUUGGUGGGUGUUAUGGAUACAAGGACUGCAACAUGUUCCACAUUGACUUCGGAUGCAACCGAUAUUUCGCAAGCUUGUGUUAAAAAGGAAAAAGAAGCAGAUGAAGGGGUAGAAGAUGUUGUUAGUACGGUGAAAGUGGAAGAAGUGGAUUUAAGUCCAUUCAUAAGCAAUGCCGAAGUGAUAAAAGAGGAAAGUGAAAUUGUCGAAGUUCUUUGGAAGCAAGAUGUCGAUCUGGGCUAUAGCCUUACUCAAGCCCAAUUGGCCGAAAUCGCUGGCAGUAGCAGUGCUACGGAUAAUGCCACCACCAAUGAGGACGACAUUGAAAAGUUGAAAGCCCUCGAGGCUCUCAAAUUGGAUAAUCCCAAAUAUGAUUCCAAGGAUAUUGACGAUGAGGAUGCCAAUGGCUUGGGUGCCAAUGAAUGGGCUGGUAUACCAUUUACCAUUGAUAAUGAAACUGGUGAAUACAUUCGUUUACCACUGGAUGAUAUACUUAACGACGUUAUACAAUUUGCUGAAUUGGCUGGCGGUGAAUCGAACGAGGACGAUACAACUGGUGCCAGUACCUCAAAAGCUGCUGCUGCUGCCGCAGCUGCUGCCAACAGCAAUAAGAAACUAUUGAAAACCGAUCAAGAAGACGACAACAAGAACGAUACGGAUAACACUUCCACCCAAAUUGAAUUGAAAAGUGAACGUGAUUAUCUUACGGACGAUUUAGGUGACAUCAUACAAUCCGCUGAUAUCGGCACGAAAAAACAACUAUCCCAGGAUAAUAAUUUUGUAAAGAGUAUUGGCAAAGGUUGUGGUGAAGAUAAGGAGGAAGAAGACGACGACUCCACUAGUUCCAAUUCUAGCAACGGCGAUAACGAAGAAAACGACGACGACGACGAUCUACCACAAUCUGAGAUCGAAGUCAGUUCUUUGCCAUCACCACUGUUCGACUUAGAUGACGAAGCAAAAGAAGAAUUAGCCGAUCUAAGUAUGAUGUUACAUUCGUCCGCACCCUUUGCACCGCACCAUCAUCAUCCACAUGCCGGUCAUCCGCAUCAUCGCGCUAGUGCGGGUGCUAUGGGUGCCCAGAAUUAUGGCAGUGUAAAUAGUGCAUUCCAUCGUCAGCCGAGUUCGGGUGGGUUUCAUCAUGGUCAUCAUCAGGGUCGCAUGCCCCUUAGCCGUGGUGUCUCAAUGGAACAACGUCUGCAAGACAUUGCCAGUCUAUUCAAUCCCAUCCCAAGCAUGGGUGUUGUUGGUGGUGUCUCCGAAAUGUCACCCUAUCCGCACUACCCUACCCAUCCGUAUACAUAUCAAAGUGGACCACAACAUGCUCAAUAUCCACCACCACCGCCACAUCCCCACCAUCAUCAUCAUGCUGCAAUGUUGCAUCCCAACGCCUCGUUGGGUGAUUUGUGCUCAACACAGCCUCAUUAUGGCCACAAUUUGGGUUCUGCAGUAUCGUCCAGUAUGCAUUUGACCAAUUCUACACAUGAUUCCGAUGUCACUGGGGUUGGGGCCGGUGCUGUGGGUGGUGCCUACAAAAUGGAACAUGAUAUGAUGUAUUAUUCGAAUGCCUCUUCAGAUAUGAAUCACACCACAGAUGGAUUUAUCAACUCGAUAUUGAAUGAUGAAGAUUUACACCUAAUGGACAUGAAUGUUAAUGACAGCUUCUGUCGCAUGGUCGAUGUCAACAACAGCACCAGCAAUAAUUCCUCUGUCUUGGGUCUACCCACUGGCGCUGGUCAUGCCAGUGGUGCCGGCAUUACUGGCGGUACAGGUUCUACAGCUGGUUCUACCACUAGCGGUAUAUCAAUGAGUGCUGCCAGUGCUGCUGCUGCCAACGGUGGCGCCAACGCCGCCGCCGGCGCUAUGACAAAUGAUUUAAUGAAUGCCACUGGUGCCACGGGUCAAGCUGUUGCCGGUGCCACAGAUCGUCUGGACGCUUCCAGUGAUAGUGCUGUUAGUUCUAUGGGCUCAGAGCGAGUACCAUCCCUUUCGGAUGGCGAAUGGGGUGAGGGUAGCGAUUCGGCCCAGGACUAUCAUCAGGGCAAAUAUGGCGGGCCAUAUGAUUACAGUUACAACAACACCACAACCAAUAAUCGUCUAAAUGAUGGCAGCCGCCAACCACCCGUAGCCCAAAAGAAACAUCACAUGUUUGGCAAACGUUUCCUAAAUGAACAACCCUCGGCCGGUAAUGUGGGCGCCACCUCGGCAGCCAAUGGUCCAGCUGCUGGCAGCCUUGUACAUGGCGGCCCAGCCCAUAGCAUUAAAUAUGAAUAUGAAGCAUAUCCCCCGGUAGCUGGACUACAUGAGAACAUCAAUGGCCAUGGUUUGGAUAAUGGUGGUGCCAUGGGUGGUCCCGCCCUAAGCAAAGAUCACCAUCAUGCCUAUGGCCCAGGAGCCUAUUCCCUUGAUUUCUCUUUGCGUACACCACGCACUCCCCAUGAAUUGGUACAGCAUAAUCACACAUAUACCCUGCCGCAGGGUACCGGCUCCUUGCCACGCCCCCAGCAACGUGACAAGAAACUCUCCACAUCAUCGUCCACCAAAUCCGCCAAAUCUAGCAGCCACAACAACAGUAGCAGUGGCAGCGGCGGUGAGGAGGAAACCUAUAUGACACGCGAUGAAAAACGUGCCCGUGCCAUGAACAUUCCUAUACCAGUUUGCGAUAUCAUUAACUUGCCCAUGGAUGAAUUCAAUGAACGUCUAUCGAAAUAUGAUUUGAGUGAAAAUCAACUGUCAUUGAUUCGUGACAUUAGACGUCGUGGUAAGAAUAAGGUGGCCGCUCAAAAUUGUCGUAAACGUAAAUUGGAUCAAAUUUUGUCGUUGGAGGAUGAAGUGAAACAGGUGCGACGUCGCAAGGACGAAUUGAAUGCUCAGCGCGAGAGAUUGUUUGCCGAACGCAAAAGGGUUUCGAAUAAGUUCAGCGCAUUGCAUCGGCAUAUCUUUCAAUAUUUACGGGAUCCCGAAGGCAAUCCCUGCUCACCAUCAGAAUACAGUCUACAACAGGCAGCUGAUGGCUCCAUAUAUCUCUUGCCCCGGGAUGCGGCCGCCAAUAAAAAUGACACCAACAAUGCUGCUAGCGUUCUGUUGAAUGGUGGCAGUGUUGGCAGCCCUCUAAAUGGCAAUGCCAUGCCAACACAUCAUCACUCACAUAUGGGUGGUGGCAGUGUCGCCGCUGGCCAUUCAGCGUCCGGUGCUGGUGGUGGUCAUCAUUUGCAUCAAGUGCCACAACAGCAGGCCUCGCUGCAUACAGCAGCUGGCUCAUUGGCCCACAGCCAUCAGCAGCAGCAACAUAAUCCACAGACAACACAUGCCCAUGGCCAUCCCAGCACAACAACACAUGGAGGAGGCAGCCAGCAACAACAACCGCAAAAAGAUUGA